AUGGCCACGUCCGUCGGAGCCAAAGUGCUGGCCGAGGUGUACCGCCUGCACCACAUCCCGCUGCCGCCUAUCACGCUGCAGGCGCUGCUGAAGCGCGGCCCGAGCGCCAGCCCCGCCAUCGCCGCGUCGCUGCAGAACGACCCGCAGGCGCUGGGGAAGUGGCGCGAGGCGAACGCGCCCGCCAUCGUCACGUCCGCGCAGCUGCUGCACCGCGAGGUGCCGAUCCGCAUCGCGCGCCGCAUCGUGGACCUCGAGAACCUACCGGACGAGCUGCCGAGCGCCGAGCCCAUCGUGUCGCUGCGCGAGCAGCUCCUCAGCAGCUUCGACCAGCUCGUGAGCUGCCCGCUGCCCGCCAACCUCGCGGGCGAGCGCGAGUUCAUCGAGCUGCACCAGAAGAUCCGCAAGGAGCACGCCUCCAUGCACGGCAACAUCGCCGAGGCGGUGCAGGCGCUCGAGUACGAGCCUCAGGGGCUCAGCGAGUCUCUCGACAACUUCUACAACUCGCGCAUCAGCAACCGCCUGCUCGUGGACCAGCACCUGGCGGCGCAGACGCCCAAGUCCGGCUUCUCGGGCAUCGUCAACGACGAGUGCUCGCCCGUCAAGAUCGCGCGGGACAUUGUGCAGAAAGUGCGUCCGCUCUGGACCGAAAGCCUCAGCGGCGAGCAGCUCCCCGAGAUCAUUGUCAGCGGGGACGAAGACGCCACCUACCGCUACGUGCCGCAGCACAUCGAGAUCAUCCUCACGGAGGUGCUCAAGAACGCGGUGAUCAACAGCGUCGCGGCGGCCAAGAGGACGGGCAGCGCUCCGCCGCCUGUCAACGUGUUGAUCUCCGGCGGACCGCAUGGCGUGUGCCUCAAGGUGUCGGACCUCGGAGGCGGCAUGACUCGCCAGGAAGCCAACGCGCUGUCGAACUACUACCACACGGCGACGUCCCCUCCUUCGAGCGGAUACGACCCCAUCGCCGAGAUCCUGGAGAGACGUGCCAGCGGCCUGGACUUCUCGGACUCGUUCGGCCUGCGCAUCGCUCAGCUCUACGCCAAGUACUUCGGGGGCGAGCUGGCCAUCAUGCCCAUGGAGGGCCACGGCGUGGACACUUAUAUUUACAUGAACUGUCUCACGGGCGCCUCGGAGGUCAAGUAA